UCUGCCUGCUCUUCUGAAAAUGCAGCGGUUCUUGACUCCGGUGAAGCAGGUCCUGAAACUGAAAAGAGGGAUGCAGGAAGCUUCCCUCACACCUGCCCGCCUGUUCCCAGCAGCCCCCCAAAGGUUUUCUACAGUUUCUGCUGUCCCCCUGACCAAAACAGAUACCUGGCCAGAGGAUGUUGGCAUCCAUGCCAUAGAGGUCUACUUCCCAGCCCAGUAUGUGGACCAAACUGACCUGGAGAAGUUUUACAAUGUGGAAGCAGGGAAAUAUACCGUGGGUUUGGGUCAGACUCAAAUGGGCUUCUGCUCAGUCCAGGAGGAUAUCAACUCCCUGUGCCUGACGGUGGUGCAAAGGCUGAUAGAACGCACACAACUCCCAUGGGAGUCUGUGGGCAGGCUGGAAGUGGGUACCGAGACCAUCAUCGACAAGUCCAAGGCUGUCAAAACAGUGCUCAUGGAACUCUUCCAAGAUUCGGGCAACACAGACAUCGAGGGCGUAGACACCACCAAUGCCUGUUACGGCGGCACUGCCUGCCUCUUCAAUGCAGCCAACUGGAUGGAGUCCAGCUACUGGGAUGGUCGCUACGCAAUGGUCGUCUGCGGAGACAUCGCCGUCUACCCCAGUGGCAAUGCUCGUCCCACCGGUGGGGCCGGCGCCGUGGCGAUGUUGAUUGGGCCCAAGGCCCCCCUGGCCCUAGAGCGAGGGCUCAGGGGAACCCAUAUGGAGAACGUGUAUGACUUCUACAAACCAAAUUUGGCCUCAGAGUAUCCACUGCUGGAUGGGAAGCUUUCCAUCGAGUGCUACUUACGGGCUUUGGAUCGAUGUUAUGCAUCAUACCGCCAAAAAAUCCAGAAACAGUGGAAGCAAGCUGGCAUCGAUCGCCCCUUCACACUGGACGAUUUGCAGUUUAUGGUCUUUCAUGCGCCCUUUUGUAAGAUGGUCCAGAGAUCCCUGGCUCGCCUGAUGUACAACGACUUCCUGUCAAGCAGCAGCACCACGCAGACCAGCUUAUAUGAGGGCCUGGAAGCCUUCCGAGGGUUGAAGCUAGAAGACACCUACAACAACAAGGACCUGGAUAAAGCGCUUCGGAAAGCCUCUCUGGACAUGUUCAACAAGAAAACCAAGGCUUCCCUUUACCUUCCCUCACACAAUGGGAAUACGUACACCUCAUCUCUGUACGGGUGCCUGGCCUCACUUCUGUCCCACCACUCAGCCCAAGAAUUGGCUGGCUCCCGGAUUGGGGCCUUCUCUUAUGGCUCUGGCUUAGCAGCAAGCCUUUUUUCAUUUCGAGUGUCCCGGGAUGCUUCUCCAGGCUCCCCCCUGGACAAGCUAGUGUCUAGCACAGCUGACCUGCCAAAACGCCUAGCCUCCCGAAAGCGUAUGUCUCCUGAAGAGUUCACAGAAAUAAUGAACCAAAGAGAGCAAUUCUAUCACAAGGUGAACUUCUCCCCACCGGGUGACGCAAAAAGCCUUUUCCCAGGUACUUGGUACCUGGAACGAGUGGACGAGAUGCACCGCCGAAAGUACGCCCGACGUCCCGUCUGAAGGUGAUUCACGGGAUGAUUCCUGGCGAACAUGGGCUAGCGAGCUUCUGCCCCUGAGCCGUAUUUGAUGAUCCCCCUCUUAGUUUGCGAAUAGAUUUGAAUCUACUCAGUAGCUGCGAUCAGCAUCGCCCCGUAGAGCGAGGAGCCGUCCUGGUGGGUCCUUCAUUUCUUCCCCUGCUGCAGUCACUGUGGACGAGGGCCCCUUGGUGAAGGAAUAAGACGGAGGGAGGGCCAGGAGGCCUCUUCCUCAAGCGGCCAGAAAUGUGUCGAUCCAUUGUCUCCUCCAAGAUCCAGAUACACUUUCCUAUCAUUUGUUAUAACUUUGUUAUUAUUGUUGUUAUUAAACUCCUGUGCUAUUA